CCUCCAUAUAAUGAGCCAAGCAACACCUUGCCCUUCUGUUUUUUCUCGCCAACACUCUCAAGCAGCACACUACGACUCCGGAAACAACGAAUUGACGACCAAAAACACCACAAACCAACCCAUUCUCAUCUUCUCAAAACCAACACAAAAACCACAACAACAGUCAAGAUGAAGGGCGCCGCUACUCAGGUCAAGAUCCACUACAAGGGUUCCGACGACGACUACCUCGUCUUCGUCGAUGACCUCGAGACCUACAAGAAGUGGCAGGGAGACAAGUCUGUCCCUCUGGCUCACUUUGUUUCUGCUUUCAAGAUCUUCGUGACACACAACCAAGGUGCACAAGGAGCGUACGACAGUGCGCCCAAGGGCCAGCUGGAGAACGAGUUCGGCACCAGCAACGAGGAUGAUGUCAUCAAGGCCAUCCUGGAGAAGGGUGAUGUGCAGGAGUCAUCGAUGCCCGAGCGACAGGGUCCCAAGAACGACUCCAAGGGCCCCAUGGUUGCUCACUAAGCCUCUCGCAAGGCUGGAAAGAUACCCAUUGACGUCACAAACAUUAUCGGUUUAGCAUUUUGGAGGUUUAAGAUGGACCAUGAUAUCGGCGUUUGGUAGUCUAUCAAUAAUUAACAAAAGUGUCCUGCCUCGUCAGGCAGUCUCCAGAC